AUGAGCCCUGAAAAGAUAGAGUCUGUCCUCAAAACCAAUCUUCUUGGUUCCAUACUCGUAACUCGUGCUUUUGUACGAGGAAUGCUGAAGACGAGACGAGGUUGCAUCAUUAACGUGACAUCCGUCGUGGGCCUGAUGGGUAGCUCUGGGCAAUCUGUCUACGCCUCUUCGAAAGCAGGCGUCCUUGGCUUUACGCGAUCUUUGGCUCGAGAAGUCGGUUCUCGGAACAUACAAGUAAACGCAAUAGCUCCUGGAAUGAUUGAAACUGAUAUGACCAACAGCCUCUCAGAUGAUGUUAAGGCUUCUCUGUUGUUAAGAAUUCCUACAGGACGCUUUGGUCGCGUCGAUGAGGUAGCGCAUGCCGCAGUGUUUCUCGUAGAUGCAACUUACGUGAACGGUCAGUGCUUGAAUGUGUGUGGUGGCCUUAGUGCAUGA